AUGCCGAUACGCACUAUCAAUCCCUUUGUCGCGACCUCUCCCUCACCCUCGAUCGAUGCCCUGAACGAAAAGGCCUCUCUCCAAAGCUUCAAAUCGCCUGCCACAAAGUCCAACAACCGCAUUGCCAGCUUCUUCUCGUCGCCCAAGGCCUCUCUGCACCCAAACCCUCAGAACCAGGCAACCCGCCGCCCUCCGUCUCCCCAAGUCAACCGUGCCACUCUGUCGCUGCCCACAAUCAACCUCACCACCGCUACCGGCGAGAAGAGCAAGAUCGAGGAGAGGCCAAUGACCCUUUUCCAGCCCCCUUCACCCGAAGAGGCCCGUCGUAUCGCAAAGGCACACGCCGCUUUCGGCCCAAUUGGCUCGCAGGAGCACCGCUACUCGAGUCGUCACGAUGGACAAGCAUUCCCCGAGCCCAUCGAGGACACUCCGCCAUACUACUUCCUCUUGACAACCUACUUCAGUUACCUCGUCCUCAUCAUCUUCGGUCAUGUGCGCGACUUCUUCGGCAAGCGCUUCAAGCAGGAGCAGUACAAGCACCUGUCGGCACGAGACGGAUAUGCACCGCUCAACAGCGAUUUCGAUAACUUCUACAUCCGUAGACUGCAGCUGCGCAUCAACGACUGCUUCAGACGCCCCAUUACUGGAGUGCCCGGUAGAUUCAUCACUCUGCUCGACCGCAAGUCUGACGACUUCAACCUGAGCUUCAAGAUGACGGGCACUACCACCGAAACCCUCAACAUGAGUUCCUACAACUACCUUGGUUUCGCUCAGUCUGAAGGAGAGUGUGCCGACGCUGUCGAGGUCGCUACCAAGAAGUACGGUGUCAGCUUUGCCAGUCCCAGAGGCGAUGCUGGUACUUCAGAGUUGCACGUCGAGGUCGAGAAUCUGGUCGCUGGCUUCGUCGGCAAGGAAUCGGCAAUGAUCUUCUCCAUGGGCUUCGGCACCAACGCUACCACCUUCCCUGCUCUUGUUGGCAAGGGCUGUCUGAUCAUCUCCGACGAGCUGAACCACUCUUCCAUCCGUUUCGGCGCCAGACUCUCAGGCGCUGUCAUUGAAAUGUUCAAGCACAACAACAUCAACGAUCUGGAACGUGUCCUCCGCGAGAGAAUUUCCCAAGGCCAGCCCCGCACUCACCGUCCCUGGAAGAAGAUCCUCGUUGCUGUUGAGGGUCUCUACUCAAUGGAAGGCACCAUGUGCAACCUCCCCGAAAUCAUCGCUCUCAAGAGAAAGUACAAGUUCAACCUGUUCAUCGACGAGGCUCACUCGAUUGGUGCUCUCGGUAUGCAAGGCAGAGGUAUCUGCGACUACUUUGGUAUCGACCCUGCUGAAGUCGACAUCCUCAUGGGUACUUUCACAAAGUCGUUCGGUGCAAACGGUGGCUACGUUGCAGGUGACAAGGCCCUCAUUGAUAAGCUUCGUGUGACCAACGCCGGUACUCUCUUCGGCGAGGCUCCCUCUCCCCCGGUCCUGGUUCAGAUCUCUUCCGCUCUUCGUUUGAUCAUCGGCGACAUUGCUCCUGGACAAGGUCAAGAGCGUCUUGAAAGAUUGGCCUUCAACUCAAGAUACCUUCGUCUGGGACUCAAGCGUCUUGGAUUCAUCAUCUUCGGCCACGACGACUCUCCUAUCAUUCCUCUGCUUCUGUACAACCCCGCCAAGAUUCCCGCCUUCUCCCACGAGAUGCUCAAGCGCAAGAUCGCUGUUGUCGUCGUCGGAUACCCUGCCACACCACUCAUCUCUUCUCGCGCCAGAUUCUGUGUUUCUGCCGCUCACACCAAGGAUGACCUGGACCGUCUGCUCGCAGCUUGCGACCAAGCCGGUGAUAUCUUACAGCUGAAGUUCAGCAGCGGUAUCGCUGGUGGUAGAGAUCCCAUUCCCGACGGUCUGAUGAAUGUUGAGGAAAUGGAGCACCGUGAUGACCUCGCAAAGGGCAAGACCCCCACAUACCAACCACCUCGCUGGAAGCUUGAAGACAUUAUCAAGCGCGGUGUCCAGGACGUCAAGGCACCUCUGUUCUAA